AGGGUGGUGGGUGGGACUAUAUAAAAGGCGCGUCGCGGUUACCUGAGUAAUUGUUGGAGCGAGUGGGACCUGCUCAGGUUUCCUGGGCGGAUUUUCGUCAGCGAGCUUGCCUCAUUGGGCUCUUUUCGGCGAAUUUUUGACGAAUUCCGAAGACUGAUAUUACUGACGGUAGCUCGGUGACAGGGAGGAUUCUGCUUGCCGAAUUUGGAAGGUGUAUGAAAUAGAGUCAAAGAAGACCCGAACAAAGGAAACACAUCCUCUUUAUCCAGUUUAUGAACAAUCAACAUGAAUAAAAGAAAAUGUAAAAGCAAUAGCCUCUCUCUGGGUGAAUGUAUUGCCAAGGCUCACAUGAUAUUGAGAGCACGGUUCUGCCACCACUUUCCUGGGAAACCAUUUGGACUAGAAGCUCAGUAUAAAAAUUUGAUGGAUCUUCUAAAACAAACAGCUGUUCAGGGUGAGAGCAACUCUGUCCUCAUUGUUGGUCCCCGAGGAGUAGGAAAGACAAUGCUGUUGAAGAGUGUGUUGAGUGAACUUAUGGAAAUGAAAUACAUUAAGGAGAAUCUUCUACAAGUACACUUAAAUGGUUUAUUGCAAACAGAUGACAAGAUUGCGCUGAAAGAAAUCACGCGACAGCUCCAGCUUGAGAAUGUUGUUGGAGAUAAAGUUUUUGGGAGUUUUGCCGAAAAUCUUGCUUUUCUUCUUGAAGCUUUGAAAAAAGGAAACCGAAGCAACAGCAGGCCAGUGCUUUUUAUCUUGGAUGAAUUUGACCUCUUUGCACAUCACAAGAAUCAAACCUUACUUUAUAACCUCCUUGAUGUUGCUCAGUCUGCCCAGACACCUGUAGCUGUCGUGGGCCUGACUUGUCGAUUGGAUGUUUUGGAACUUCUAGAAAAGCGCGUGAAGUCCAGGUUUUCGCACAGGCAGAUUCAUUUGCUAAACACAUUCGGCUUCCAACAAUAUGUGGAGAUGUUCCAGCAGCAGCUUGCCUUACCAAAAGAAUUUCCUGAUGAAAGAUUUGCACAGGAAUGGAAUCGAAAUAUCCAGUCUCUGUGCAAAGAAAAGAUGGUGGAAGAUAUUUUACAGAAGCACUUCAAUUCCAGUAAGGAUUUCCGCUCUCUGCAUAUGCUACUGAUGCUCACACUUAGUCAUGUGACUGUCUCCAACCCAAAUAUUCAGCCAACAGACCUUCUAGCAGCCAGCAAACAAUACAUGAUGGAUUCUAAAGCAAAUUUACUGCAUGGUCUGUCUGUGCUGGAAUUCUGCCUGAUUAUUGCCAUGAAACACUUAAAUUCAAUUUAUGAAGGAGAGCCUUUUAACUUUGAAAUGGUUUACAAUGAAUUCCAGAAUUUCAUUCAAAGGACGAGUCAUUCAAUGCAUAAAUUCAAAAAACCGGUAGUUUUGAAGGCAUUUGAGCAUCUGCAACAAUUGGAAUUAGUUAAGCCAAUGGACGGAGCAUCUGUCCGAACACAGAAAGAAUAUCAACUGGUGAAACUGCUGUUGGACAGCAGUCAGAUAAUGGAUGCACUUCAAAAAUAUCCACAAUGCCCUACAGAUGUUCAACUUUGGGCAGCAUCAUCUCUAGAGUAAACCACUUGAAGCCAGAACUCAUUAAUGAACUGAGAGAAUUUGCUAUUUUGGAGAAAGUGUUAUUCUUCUACAUCAACUAGUUGAAAAUUGCAUGGAAAAUUUCUGUUGCUGGAAAGCAGGAAAUUCAAAUGAAACCCAGAGUUUGAGCUCUGAGAUGCAACAUUUCCUUAUUUCAAAACUCACCUUUCCAAAGUUCUGGGGAUGUGGAUUUCAAUACCACCAUGUCAGGAUUUUUUUUUGUUUAAAAAUAGUUCUGUAAAAUCUGUAACUACAUAACUGUUUUUAAAAAGAAAUCAAUUGUCUCUAAAGGAUAUGAGUGAAUCAAUCUGCCAUUCUGAUCUGGUCUGGCUUACUUAGGACUCCUGACCCACAGCAAUGUGGUUGACACUUAACUGUAAUUAAGGAUGGGCAAUCAUUGUUGGAAUAGCUAUCAACAUCAUUCAGUGAGUGAAAUCUAUUUUGAAGUUUUUCAGGAGGAAGAAUAGUUCAUCCUUUGCCACUAACAUGACAUGCAAGUAUCACAAGAAUGGAUUGUUUACAUUGUUAGUUUUAAAUAAUUAGAAAUGAGUUUGUCU